UAUGUUCACUUUCGCAGUUCGAAACGUCAACAAUAAACUGGAAAAGUAAAAUUAAUUCGUGUUCACCAUUAAGAUGAAUUUUACAGAAUUUUACGUAAAAGCAUAACCUAAGAAUAAUUUAACGACAAUUUAGCCGAAAGUAGAUAAAUAUAGUUACAGUGUUAGUCCCCUCCUCCUAUUUAACACCAAAAAACAAUGCACAGCAACAUCACAUCACUUACUGGUUAUAUUGCAAGGCUGGAUCGAUUAACCUGGAUAUAUGCACCUAGCGUUGAGACGUUGGACCGCGGUAAAUAGCCUAGAAGAUUUGGAUUUCGAUGAUGAUACCUUAUGUCUAAUGUCACACAAACUUGAACAUAUACACGCAAAAACUAACAAGUUGACACAACAGGUGAGGCAGGGCAGCGAAGAUCGGAAUUCAAGUGAACGUAGAGAAGACGCAGGUGAGGAAGAUACCCAAACAACGCCACCACCAUCACCAACAACAACAACAACAAGCUCCGAUCACCAUCAACAACAGAAACUUAAAACAAGUAGUCUCUUUCACCUAUCUAGGCAGCACUCUUUCAACUGCAGGCCACAGCGGCACACACGACCACCUCAAAGCACCCAGGAUCCCAAAUACAGUAAGACAGGCCUUCACUAACCUGGAACCAGUGUAGAGAUCGACUGCACUACACUCCACUCCACUCCACUCCACUCAGCAUAAAGCAUGAACAACAUCCG